UGAACACUGUGGUGGAGUUCAGUGCGACAAGAACCGGCGCCAAAGUAGCAACGAAGUGAGUGGAAAUAACUGACAGUCGGGCCCAGAGGUCACCUUGGAGAUUGAGAUUUCGUGCUGAAAAUCCCUCCUUUGAGGCUUCCGCUUGCAGGAAAAACCCCGCCAAGGAGUGCCAAAUACCUGUUUGCGUGAUUUCCUUCCCGUUUUUGCCAAGUGCAAGACCACAGCUAAAGCAGACAAGUGAAAGAAGUUGAAUUUGCUUUGAAGAAAUCAUUGAAGAAUUAAAUUAAACGAGCCGCAAUGGGGCAUCAGGAUGUAUUGAGUUUGGCCAUUUCACACGGUGAGGAUAAGGAAGGAACGCUCUUCAGGCUCAAAAGGGGUACAAUUCUGCACAUUGUUCCUGGACCUAAUCUCCUUGGCAGGCACAUCGCAUUGUACUGCAACUAUCCACAAAAUGAUUCUAAUGGUUUUGAAAGAACAAAAUAUUCAACUCUAAUUUGGCACACAAGUUCAGGGCAAAAGCUCACAAAUGCGGCUCAACCCUUUGUCGAAGUUAAUGAUCUAGAUAUUUACUGCGAAAUAGUGGCUAACAAAUCAGGAACUUUUCAUUUCUACUUUAGCUUCCAAGAAAGUCCAAAAAAACGAGAAGGUUCCCUUUACGUUCAAGUUGAACCAAAGAUUAAAGUCGGACCGAAGAAUGCAGAACGUGAGAUUCCCCUUGACUCCAUACGAUGCCAGACUGUGAUGGCAAAAUGUCUGGGGCAUUUGGAGACAUGGGAAGCUAAGUUGAGGGUUACUCAUGAGAGUGGCUACAACCUCCUUCACUUCACACCCAUUCAGAAGCUAGGAAACUCCCGUUCGGGAUAUUCCCUGUGCGAUCAACUCAGCGUCAAUCCAGACUUCGGUCCUAGUGCAAAUUUUGAUAAAGUCGGAAAAAUCGUUAAAAAAUGUCGCGAAGAAUGGGGCAUUGCCUCUAUCUGUGACAUUGUCCUCAAUCACACAGCCAAUGAAUCUCCCUGGCUAAAGGAACAUCCAGAGACAACCUACUCAUGCAGUACUUGUCCACACCUUAGACCUGCUUUCCUGCUCGACAGCGUCCUUGCAAUGGCGUCGAGUGAUACAGGAAAUGGUCUUCUGGAAACUUUCGGUGUACCUGUUGAAAUUGAUCGUGAAGAUCAUAUCAACGCAUUGCGUCAUCAACUGCAUUCAAACUACCUUCCCAAGGCUAGAAUACAUGAACUGUAUCAGUGCAAUGUGGAGGAGUAUGUUAAGAAAUUCAGUGAAGAAAUGCGCAAGAGACCUCCGCCAAAAGCUCCAAAGGAAUCCCAGUCAAAGGAGACAAUCGUCUUGAAGCAGGAUCCUGCCUAUAGACGCCUUGCUUGUACAAUUGAUUUUGAGAGUGCUUUUGAGAUCUUUAAUGUUUUUAGGAAUGACGCCUUUGAUGAAGAUACAAGAUUGAGGAAAUGCGCUGAAGCCUUUAGGCAACACUUGGAGGAGUUAAAUGAAGUUGUUCGUUGUGAAAUAGCUGAACAUCUUCGUUCAGCCGUUGAAAAUUGUUUAUCCGGUCUCCGAUAUGAAAGGAUUCAGGAUGAUGGUCCUAGACUACGGGAGAUCAGCAUCAAACAUCCACUGUUCUGUAGAUACUUCACAGAUGGUGAUGUUACGUGUAAAACAAUUGAGGAUAUUGAAGCUCUCAUGUACGGGGAUUCGGCAAAGUAUCUUAUGGCUCACAAUGGAUGGGUUAUGAAUGGGGAUCCCCUGAAGGACUUCGCUAGGCCCCAGCCAACAACUGCGAAUGUCUACAUUCGACGGGAGUUGAUUGCUUGGGGUGAUAGCGUUAAGCUCAAGUAUGGGGAUAAACCCGAAGAUUGCCCAUACCUGUGGGAUCACAUGAAGAAGUACGUUGAGAUAACUGCUAAAAUUUUUGAUGGAGUUCGUCUUGAUAACUGCCAUUCAACUCCGCUGCAUGUUGCAGAGUAUCUUCUGGAUGCAGCACGAAAGAUUAAUCCUGAACUCUACGUUGUUGCGGAACUCUUUACAAAUUCCGACCAUACGGAUAAUAUUUUUGUCAAUAGAUUAGGGAUUACAUCGCUGAUCAGGGAGGCUCUUUCCGCAUGGGAUUCCCAUGAAGAAGGGAGACUUGUUUAUCGUUACGGAGGAGCACCUGUUGGGGCAUUUUUCAGCUCUCCCAAGAGACUCCUGGCGCCGUGCAUUGCUCAUGCUCUCUUUCUCGAUCUUACACACGACAAUCCGUCCCCGAUUCAGAAACGAUCGGUCUUUGAUCUGCUCCCCUCAGCAGGAUUGGUUUCAAUGGCAUGCUGUGCAACUGGAAGUACAAGAGGAUAUGACGAACUCGUCCCUCAUCAUAUUCACGUCGUUGACGAAGAAAGGGAGUAUCAGGAGUGGGGUAAGGCUGUUGAUGCGGAAACUGGAAUAAUUUCUGGCAAGAAAGCAAUUAAUCUUCUUCAUGGAGAACUAGCUGAGAAGGGUUUCAGUGAGGUAUUUGUUGAUCAAAUGGACUACAACGUUGUUGCUGUUACCCGGAGUUGUCCUAAUACGAGAGAAAGUGUCAUCCUGGUUGCACACACCUGCUUCAGUUAUCCAGAUCCAUACAGUGGACCUACAAAUGUUAGAUCUCUUAGAUUUGAAGGGCAUCUUGAGGAGAUUAUCCUUGAAGCAGGAGUUACUCACAAAUCUCCAAAGCCAUAUGACUGUCCAUAUAGGUAUGAGAAAGAUGAGAAAUAUAUCAAUGGACUCACAGAGUAUCAGUUGAAGAUUGUUGAGCAUAUUCCUCUGGAGAAAUCAACAAUUUUCAGCACAGAAAUGGUUAAAGAUGGCAACAUAACGCAAUUGAAUUUUAAGAAUUUAACUCCCGGAUCAAUUGUUGCUGUUCGAGUUUCCCUGCAUGAGCGAACUCGUCCCCAUUUUGCCAAUGUUCAGAAACUCGUGGAUGCUUUUCACUUCCAAAAAGGCCAGAUCUUCAGUGAUCUCCAGAAAAUUGUGUCCAAACUCAAUCUCAUCGAUCUCAAUCGUGCUCUCUACCGUUGCGAUGAAGAGGAGAAGGAUAUGGGAAUGGGGUCUGGAACUUAUGACAUUCCCGGAUUUGGGCGGUUGGUUUACAGUGGAACUCAGGGAUUUGCAUCAGCUUUGAGUGUUAUUGGGCCUAAUAAUGAUUUGGGGCAUCCAUUCUGCGAUAAUCUCCGUCGUGGGGAUUGGAUGACUGACUACAUACGCGAUAGAUUAGCUCGUUGGUCUGGGACUAAAGCUCUUUCAGAAUGGUGGGCAACCAAUACGGCAUCCUUGAAGGAAAUGCCUCGUUAUCUGAUUCCCAGCUACUUCGAUGUUAUCCUCACGGGAGUUAAUACCCUUCUCCUGGAACAGAGUGUAACGCUAAUGUCUGAUUUUGUCCGGAAGGGAAGUUCGUUUGUGCAAUCUCUGGCCAUGGGAUCAGUUCAGUGUGUUUCUGAAUGUCCAUCAGCUAAUCUUCCGGCUCUUAGUCCGCAAACAAAGGAUCCCAAGCCGCCAAAUCAGUGUGCAACUAUGUCAGCGGGAUUGCCGCAUUUUUCAACAGGGUACAUGAGAUGCUGGGGCAGGGAUACCUUCAUUUCCCUCCGGGGACUUCUUCUCUUAACCGGAAGGUUCGAUGAAGCACGCUACAUGAUUCUGGGAUUUGGUUCCUGUCUAAGGCAUGGACUUAUCCCCAAUCUUCUCGAUGGUGGCUACAAAGCAAGAUUCAACUGUCGCGAUGCAAUUUGGUGGUGGCUGUACUCCAUUAAGUAUUUCGUGGAGGAGACUCCAAAAGGAGCUGAAAUCCUCACGGAAAAAGUCUCCAGGAUAUUCCCAAUGGAUGACAGUGAAGCCCGCAAGGCAGGGGAAUGUGAUCAAGCUCUCUGUGAUGUAAUCCAGGAAGCCAUCACUGUACACUUCCAGGGUCUUGUUUACCGUGAAAGGAAUGCAGGUCCUGCCAUUGAUGCGCACAUGACGGAAAAGGGCUUCAAUAAUCAAAUUGGUGUUCAUCCAGACACGGGAUUUGUCUUUGGGGGAAAUGAUGCAAACUGUGGGACGUGGAUGGAUAAAAUGGGAUCGUCAGAGAAGGCAGGGAAUCGCGGAGUUCCCAGCACACCACGAGAUGGAUCAGCUGUGGAGUUGGUUGGUCUCCAAAUGGCCACCCUCAGAUUCUUGCAGAAGAUGAGCGGAGAAGGGAAAUUCCCCCAUAAAUCUGUUGAAAGAUCAUCCAAGAAUGGAACCAAAACUGUUUGGACGUACAAAGAAUGGGCUGAUAGGAUAAAAGCGAAUUUUGAGAAGAAUUUCUUCGUGGGACAAGGGGAAAUACCUUUGGCUAACAAGAGAGGGAUCUACAAGGAUUCAUGCGGAGCUACGCAGACGUGGCAGGACUUUCAACUUCGCCCCAAUUUUCCAAUUGCAAUGGUUGCGGCUCCUGAAUUAUUUGACCCAAAACACGCAUGGGAAGCUCUCGAACAAGCUCGAAAAUACCUUCUUGGUCCGCUGGGGAUGAAAACUCUCGAUCCUCAGGAUUGGGGAUAUCACGGCGACUACGACAACUCCAAUGACUCUGAAGAUCCAAAAGUAGCUCAUGGAGCAAAUUACCAUCAAGGCCCUGAAUGGGUUUGGCCAAUUGGAUUUUAUUUGAGGGCUCGACUGAUCUUUGCCGCACAGAAUAAUCGCCUGAAGGAUACUGUUGCUGAAACAUGGGCCAUCCUCACAGCUCAUCUCAAGGAGGUGAAGUCCUCCUGGUGGCGAGGACUCCCUGAAUUAACAAACUCCAACGGAAGCUUCUGCAGUGGUUCCUGCACAACACAAGCAUGGAGUAUGGCAACUGUCCUGGAAGUUUUGUACGAUUUGGAGCGUCUUAAAUGUAAAUCUUAGAGUGUAGCUUCCUAAUUUUUUUGGAGAAAAUUUAUAAAUAUUUUUAUCGCAGCUUUCAAAA